AGAAGAAGAAGAAGAAGUAGGAUGAGGAUGAAGAAGAAGAAGAAGAAGAAGAAGAAGAAUGAGGAUGAAGAAGAAGAAGAAGAAGAAGUAGGAUGAAGAAGAAGAAGAAGAAGAAGAAGAAGAAGAAGAAGAUGAGGAUGAAGAAGAAGAAGAAGAAGAAGUAGGAUGAGGAUGAAGAAGAAUUCCAUUCCAGCAAAAAGUGUAUCUGCAGAGAGCUCCGCUAUUUCUGACAGUUCUCUGACAGUUCCUUCACAUUUACAGCAGUUGAAACAUUGUAUCUAUUUGUUUCUGAAUAAA